GUGCGUUGCCAAAGGGAAUCAGUUUUCACACUAGAACCGUUGGGCCACAAGCUCGCUUUGUAAGUUCCCUGGCGCAGUUUGCUGGCACUUUUUGAUCACCCGCGCAACAAGAUGGCACUCCGCGGGCUCCGAGUGGCGUCAAAGGCGCGACGCGCCCACGCAUGGAGGAGGCAGCCAACGCAUGGGCAUGGCCCGGGGGAGGACGGACAGAAGGCGCGCGCCGCCCUGCGCCGCGUCGGCGUUAACGGACGGGCCAGGGCAGUCGGCGACGUAGGCCGACCGCGGCCGCGCCAAGCGGCCGGCGUUCUGAGCGGUGCCGGCCUGACAAGGUCUCGGCCCCGGCUUCGCAAAGACCGAGGACGACUACAGGCCCCCGAACGAGAAAAAGGGCGGGCCGGGCCGUAGGCGAGGCCAAACGCAAGCGAACUUUAUUCCGCUCUCCAUGUUUUGCGAGCACUGCCACGCAGCCCCAAAAUAAAGCAAGGGCUUCGGCGUGAGGCGCCACACCGCGCCCGACCUGGUUCGGCUGCCCCUGAUCGAUUCACGCG